UUGUUUACGAUUAGACAUUUGUUCUUGGUGCGCGCGUGUCGUCAUUAUCAGGCCGGUAGCGAUAAACGCGCGUGAAAAGAAAAACAAAUUUUUCCGGGGUUGCACCGUACGCUCCUUUCAAUGGUACUGCCAGUAUACGAUGGUCAGAGGGUCGUACGAUGCCGAUAAGAGCGUGACUCCGAGUUUAUCGACGAUUUUGUAAUACUUUCUGACAUUUUCACUGACCCAAGCCGUACGAGCACAUACGUGUAGUAUAACGUAAUACAUACAGUAAUACAUUGUCGACUCUGUUCAAAACAUUCAAAAACAGUUCGAACACAAGCGAGAGAUUCGCGUUAUUCCAGUCGACGCGAUCGCCGCGAAUCGGUUUCAACUGGUGAAUUCCUCUCGGACCUCCUCCCGGCGACCUUUACACUGCCGCUAAAUCAGCAUCGACCAAGGUGUGAUGCGGGUGUUAGGGUUGAUCAAGGCUGGACGUGAAUCACGUCGUCUGCUGACCGCUGCGACUCGUGUUGUCACUCAUAACGCCAGAUGUAUAAGUAAUCUUAAGGGCAAAGUAAUAGCUAUAAGACGAGAGGAUCAAUCAGUAUGGGAGAGGAGGGCACCGUUAGCCCCGGCGAACGUUCGCCGCCUCGUCAGAUCGGGCGUGAAGGUGAUCGUGCAGCCCAGCAACCGAAGGGCGUAUCCCGCCCAAGCCUACCAGGCGGCAGGCGCCCUGCUGCAGGAGGACAUCAGCUCAGCCUCCGUCAUCUUCGGUGUCAAGCAGGUGCCGGUGGACCAAUUGAUACCCAAUAAGACGUACUGCUUGUUCUCGCACACCAUCAAGGCCCAGGAGAGUAAUAUGCCCCUCCUGGACGCGAUUUUGGAGAAGAACAUACGUCUCCUGGACUACGAGAAACUCACGGACGCGGAUGGCCAAAGAGUGGUGGCUUUCGGCAAGUACGCCGGGGUUGCCGGAAUGGUGAACAUACUUCACGGUUUGGGCCUGAGGCUGCUAGCCUUGGGUCACCAUACUCCGUUCAUGCACAUCGGACCGGCGCAUAAUUAUAGAGAUUCAGCUAUGGCACGCCAAGCGAUCCGCGGUGCGGGAUAUGAAAUCGCGCUGGGCGCCAUGCCGAAGUCGAUCGGCCCGUUGACCUUCGUCUUCACGGGCAGCGGUAACGUUAGCCAGGGUGGUCAGGAGGUCUUCCAAGAGUUGCCUCACGAAUAUGUGCCGCCCGAAAUGUUGCGGAAAGUCGCUGAGCACGGCGAUACGACGAAGAUAUACGGUUGCGAGGUGCGGCGUAGGCAUCACCUAAAGAGGAAGGAGGGCGGCGGUUUUGAUCCCGAGGAGUACGACCAGCAUCCGGAGCUGUACAUUUCUACCUUCAGCAAAAAGAUAGCGCCGUAUGCCUCGGUCAUUAUCAACGGCAUAUACUGGGCGGUGGACUCGCCAAAGUUGUUGACGAUACCGGACGCGAAAUACCUCCUCAGGCCCGCUAACACUCCGUGGCUGCCGAUAAGCGUCGGAGCUCCCGCCCUGCCGCACCGGAUGCUCGGUAUCUGCGACAUAUCCGCUGAUCCGGGCGGCAGCAUCGAGUUCAUGAACGAGUGCACGACGAUCGAUACGCCAUUUUGUCUAUACGAUGCCGACCGGAACAAGGACACGAAAUCCUUCAAGGGCCCCGGCGUGCUGGUCUGCUCGAUUGACAAUAUGCCCACGCAACUGCCGAAAGAAUCGACGGAUUUCUUCGGCAAUCUUUUGUAUCCAUAUGCUUUGGAUAUCAUAAAUAUUACGGAAUUACGAUUUUGUUUGUCUAUGCCAACGUGCCAACAGGUGGUCGUUCUCGGCGCAGGAUACGUUUCCGCACCCUUGGUUGAGUAUUUGCACAGGGAUAAGAAUAUAAGGUUGGUGGUGGCGUCGCAGCUGAAGGAUGAGGCUGACGCGCUGGCCAAUCGGUUCCCAGGUGUGGAACCAGUCUUCUUGAACGUCCUCGAUCGCCCUGACACAUUGCACGACGUGAUAAAAUCGGCGAACGUGGUCGUCUCCCUUCUGCCGUACUCGUUGCAUCACGUCAUUGCCAAGGCUUGUAUAGAAACCAAGAAUCACUUGGUAACAGCGAGCUAUAUGAACGACGACGUCAAGGCAUUGCACGAAGAAGCCCAAGAAGCUGGCGUCACCGUGCUAAAUGAAGUCGGAUUGGACCCGGGGAUCGAUCAUUUUUUGGCGAUCGAGUGUUUCGACGAUGUGAGACAAGCGGGCGGCAAGAUAGAGUCCUUCGUCUCGUGGUGCGGUGGUUUGCCCGCGCCGGAGUGUUCCUCGAAUCCUCUGAGGUAUAAAUUCAGUUGGUCCCCACGAGGUGCACUGCUAAACACCCUGGCGCCAGCGAAAUACCUUCACGAGGGUCAGGAAGUGGAGAUCGCGGGAGGCGGCGAUUUGAUGUCCACCGUACAGGACUUGGAUUUCCUUCCGGGCUUCGCCUUGGAAGGCUUUCCCAAUCGAGACAGCACGAUGUAUAGGGAUUACUACGGCUUACAAAACGCGAGUACCGUGCUGCGUGGUACGCUCAGGUUCAAGGGAUUCUCAGAUACCAUCCUAGGCUUGCAAUUGCUCGGUCUGAUCGAUCCCAAUCCGCAUCCGAUUUUACAUCCGAACGGGCCGGACAUCACCUGGCGAGUGUUGGCGUGCAACUUGCUCGGUUUGGCGAACGACAGUAUCUUUUACGAGAACCUGAAGCAGAAAUUGGCGGAAAGAGUGAAUUCGUGGGAGCGUGUGAAGGCCAUCGAAGAUCUGGGCCUCUUGGAGGAGGAUCUGGUCUUGAAACUGAAUACUCCUCUCGACACGCUUACGCAUUACUUGUCGAAGAAGCUCUAUUAUGAGAAAAACGAGCGUGAUCUUGUGAUACUGAGGCACGACGUUGGUAUACUUUGGCCGGAUAACAGGCGGGAAUCCAGAGGGAUCAACUUGGUGCUUUAUGGAGACGCUUCUGGACAAUCCGCAAUGGCGCGUACGGUCGGUUAUCCCGCGGCUAUUGCCGUCAAGAUGAUUCUGGAUGGUGAAAUUCAGCAGCGUGGAAUGGUGCUGCCUUUCACGCCCGAUAUAUAUCGACCUAUUCUUAAUCGACUGAGGACUGAAGGCUUACAAUCUUUCGAGACCUCUAAAUGGCUAUAACUGAUUCAUCACAAAUUUAUACCAUAAUUGUUUUUCGACCAUGUGUACAUAUACCUUGCAUUGCAGAAAUUAAAAGUUAACAUAUUUUACUUAUUUAUGUAUAAUGCGAAAAGUGAAAAAAAUUUUUUAUAAAUUUUGUAACAAUUUUAUACACAUAUCAGCAUUAACAAAUUUAUGAAUGAAUUAUAUAAGCAUAGUAUCACGAAUUGUUUUAAUAAAAAAUAAAAGACAAAUUA